AGCCAAGAGUAAUAUUAGGUUUCACUAUCGGUGUUCAUCAUAUUGAUAUCAGAAAUAUCUACCUUGGUUGUCUCACUUUAAAUAACACGAACUCACGAUGGAAGUGUGGCUUCAUUCUCUUCUCUUCCUCAUCUCUUCAUCCGUGUGCACCGCGUACCGUUGGUCAGCCUCCAGUCCAGCCGACGGGACGACGUUCUACGCAUGCGUGGGGGACACGGCGACUUUCUCUUGGGACUAUUCAUUAGAAAAUAAUGAAGUGAUCUAUAGUCUGCAAUGGUACUUUGAAAGAUCAGGGAGAAACAGCGAAAUUAUUGCAACCAUCAUCGACCGCCAGUUUAUCGUGUCCUCGCCGACCAGACAAUAUCUCAAGUUUGUCUCCAGCGCAGGACUGCGACUUGACCUCGUGUCGCAGGAUGACUUCGGGAAGUACUACGUGCGACUGGACACAGUCCACAAUGAAACUCUUCACUCGGAGACACGAUGGGUCGCUCUGUUACCACCAGAGGCUCCCAACAUCAAGUAUCAGACGCUUACUGCCCGCAUACUGCCAACCGCCACACUGGUGGCAGGGACUUGGCAUGGACAACUUGCAUGUGGCUUCUUUUAUGCAGUCGGCACUGCCUUCACCGUGGUGUGGAAGUCGCCUUCAAAUAGAAUAUAUAACAGCAACAGUUACGAGGACGGAGAGUUCCUUCUGACUCUAAACAGUCCCGUGGAAGAGGGCACAUACACCUGUCACCUGCACAACAUUGACCACACGGCCAGGUGUCUGGAGAUCUCCUCCACACUGGAUUUUGGGGGAGAGGUAUAUGUCAAUGCUGAUGCUGUGCAAUACACCAUCUCGCAGACCAACUGUUCCCAGCCACAAAGACUCCAAGACAUGACAUCAGCUUGGGAAUUGCUCAUGAAUCAUAGUUCCAGUGGUACAAUCCGCCUCGUCAACGGUGACAGACCCUGGAAAGGCAGAGUUGAGGUUUUCCAGAACUUAAUCUGGGGAACCGUGUGCGAUGAUAACUUUACUGUGUCCGCCGCUGCUGUUGUCUGCAGAAUGCUGGGAAUUAAUGUAGUGACCCCAGCUGUACACGAAGCAUCGUUCUAUGGCCAGGGCUCGUUGCCGAUUCUACUUGACGAUGUGAUUUGCUCAGGGAAUGAAUCAAGCCUCUCUGAAUGCCGGCACAAUCCCGUCGGUGAAAAUGAUUGUAAUCACCAGGAAGAUGUUGGAGUUGACUGCAUCCCAAGUCUAACAAUGACCUAAAUAAUUAAAAAAAACACCGAGUGCCUUCGCUCUUCUGAUGGGUAGCGUUGCAGUGCGCAUGCCCAUUAUAUCAUUAUUCAAUGGAGUCGGAACACGAUGACCUAUUCACUAAUAUUCACAACUUUGGCGAAAUCCAAACAUUCAAUUAAUCUUGAUUUUCUGACAGAAACUAUCAGCUGCACUAAUUACUUUGAUGUUUUCUUCAGUGAGGUGUUCAUAAUUCUGCCAUUGUUGUCUUGAACACAUCAUAGAUAAAAAAAUAUAAAGGAUAUUCUUCUAGAGAAAAACUGAGUUAUGAAUAAAACAAAAUUGUAAAUUUAAGCUUGAUAUUUUUCUUGUACAUCUGACGUAUUUAAGCGAAACAUUUUAAGAACUUUGACAAAUGAAAGAAAACAAUUACACUUUUUUUCCGAAUAACUGUUUAUGCUGCUAUAUCUCCGAUAGUACUUGAUCUCUAAUAAAGUAAUUAAAUGAAU